CAGACAGACGGACAGACGGGAUGCAGGGGCGCACGGUGCUCGUCAAGCGGGCAGGAACCCUGGCGCGGGCCGAGCUGGGCUGCAGCGUGCGGGAGGAGAACCGGGCGGACCGGGAGAGCUACAGCGCAGACUGGCAGAGCGUGAGGCUCAUCACACAGCCGCAGGACAGGCAGUCUCUUCACGCCGUGGAUGAGUGUCGGCGCGAGUCUCUGACCCGCCAGUGGGAGGCCCGUCCCCUGGUCCAGCACUGCCCCUCCGGCGUGCUGCGUCUGGGCACUGUGGCUGGGGGGGUGCGCGAGUACCAGCUCCCGUACCGGAACACCCUGCCCGUGCCCCUGUUCGCCCCCGCGGAGCUGGGCGCCCGCCUGGGCAGGGGCUCGCCCCACGAGGAGGAGCCCCGCCCCGCCGUCCUCUCCGACGGUGCCUGUCCGACCAAGAGGGCCCUCAGCGACAUCAAGAGGGACCUGCCCCCCAUCACCCAGCCAGUCAGGAUGGACUUCGCCAAGGCCCCCAGGUCACUGGGCCGCUCCAUGUCACAGGAGGCCCAGAGAGGCUGAGGGGGAGAGGGACAGGGAGAGGCUGAGGGGGAGAGGGACAGGCAGAGGCUGAGGGGGAGAGGGACAGGGAGAGGCUGAGGGGGAGAGGGACAGGGAGAGGCUGAGGGGGUGACAGGUCUUCUGAUGGAGCAGCAGGAACAGGAUGGAGAAAAAGGGGUGUUAUAGAGAAAUGCCCAAAUUUUGGACGAGUGUAGCCGAUUGAAUGAUGUGAUCUGUCUGAUUUAUGUACCUGGAGUUCGAGGAUCUGUUAACAAUUUUCUGUGUCACACCCCCCUAUGAACCCCCCCCCCCAGGCUAAACUUUCUUAAACAGAGGAGGUUUUUCUACAGUGGAAGGGGGAGUGAGGGGGGAGUUAUUGAGAUUAAUUUACAUGGGAUUUUCACAUUGCCAAAGGAGUCACCCCGCCAGCACCCCUCCUUUUCCUGCCCCGAGGGGGAGACCGAGCCUGUCAGAGGCAUCCUAGGUAGUGCUGCCCCAAAACCUAAUUCAGAGGUUUAGACUUAGUAAUGCUCUUUCUCGCAAACGGGACUGUUUCUGCCAAAUUUAGAUUGAGUCUGCUGCUUUGCAGAACAGCUUUUGAGGUUGUCAUUCUAACUGGAUGGCUUCUAGGUCGCUUCAGUAGUGGGGUACCCAGAUGAAAGGAUUUGGCUGGAAAAGCCCCUAGCCCAGGGGAUCCUGAGGAUUAAUUUGCACCCCAGAUAGUGGGGGUUUGUUCUCCUGCUUCUUGCCUGUGCGAAAGCAGCAGCACAGCCAAGCUUCUGCAAGACUGUGCUUACUGGUGCAAGCAGGGGUGAUUCGUGAACGGACGACCCUGGAUUGGGGUCCAGCUGCAGAGUGCACACAGAAAUAGUCAUGGAUACUGGGGGACGCACGGCGUAGUUUUGCACGGAAGAAUUGGCACAGCACUGCUCCGCCCUGGGACACUACCCCCCGCCUGCUUCAAUGCCCACGCAGGUGGAGGGCACAGUGAACAGGACCCGAUUCAGGCUGAAAGUGGCUGGGGCAGGGCUAAUGCCGACAGCAGGUGUUGGCAAGGUGCACAUGUGGGCAACAGAGGGCUCGUUUUACAGAGGGAGCACCUUGCUGAAGAAUGCAAUGCGGGCACGCAGUGUUCCCGCAGAGAUGGAGGGAUUAUCGGAGGUCGGGCACGGAAGAGGGAUGAGUGGAUACAGGGUUGAACGAGAGAGGGAAGGAGGAGGAGCAGGAGCUCCAGGCCUUGAGCGGAGUCUUCUGGCUGUUGGAUUGACAGCAGCUGCCUGGGCUGCAGGCUCGGGAAAUUUCUCCGCUGUCUGUCACUGAGCUGCAAGCGCUGCCCAUCUGCCCCACCCCUCACUGCGGUGCUGUUAUUUGGGGUGGGGGGGGGGAGGCAGAGUUAUUUCCCCUGCUGUGGCUUCUGGAGGAACCCUGUGGGACUGCUGGGCGCCUGUCAUUUGGGGGCAGUGUAGCACAAUGGGUGCUCCAGCUCCUUCUCCCUGAGUCCCUCUCAACGCCGCAGCUGCCUGGGGGAGCUGGGACCACCAGGGCAGAUGCCUGUGCAGGAUGGGAGAGCAAGCAUCCUGCCCUCUGAGCUGGGGUUGAGGCUCGGUGGGGUGGUCUGAGCUCGUUUCGGGAUUUCUGCACCAGUGGGGUCCUCUUGCACAGAUUCUAGCAGAGACCAGGUUUGGGCACUCUCUUCGGUGGAAGGGCAGAGACUUUCUUAAUAUGUAACAUUCUGUAUAGACAUGCUAUGGUAUCUUGGAUUGUGAUUUUUAUUUUGUACAAUAAAUUAUCCAUGUGAUUGAAACACUUC